ACCUGUAAGAGCAACACUGACAAGUACGCAUUAGAUAAGCGUAAGGUAAAACCUAAAGAAUUGGUUAGGUUAAUUUCAAACUAAUAUUCUAGAUUUUAGUUUAUUAAGAGCUAAUCGAUAAAAUUUUAAACUACAGAAAAGAAAAAAUUGUGUAAGUAUAGAAUAAAAGUAUAACUAUUACAUAAAUCAUUCUAAAUUUAGGUAACAAUUUUACUCUGUCGAGUUUUGUGACUUUAGCUAACCAAAUAACAUUUGAAUUAAAAUUUAUCCAACAAUGGAAGCAAGCUCUAAUUUAAUCAAAGUUCAUUUAGCUAAUUAUUUAGCAAAUUUGCCAUUACCAAAUUCAUUUACUGGUAUUUUCAAAUUAGGAAUUUCUGAUAUCGUAAAAUUGAUUCCAUUUUAUGCUACAGUUGGUGGUGUAUGUUACAUUUCAUAUAGAUUUGUUUGUCCAAGAAGUCCUGUUAAUCCUUCUAUUAAAAAGGAGUCUUCUAAAGUAGCUGAUGUAUUUGCUAUUGAAGAGCUUGGUGACAGUACUGCAUUCUGCCGUUGCUGGAGAAGUUCAAAAUUUCCUUUAUGUGAUGGUGCUCAUAAUGUAUACAAUAAAUUGUGUCAAGAUAAUGUUGGUCCAUUGAUAGUAAAAAAUAAUAAAUAGAGGAUUUAAUUCUAAAUAACUAGAUAAAACAAAUAUUUUACCUUAUUUUAGUUUGUUUAAUAGUUGUUAACAAUGUUCAAAUGAAAAAAAAACAUUUUUUUUUUUGCAUUUAUUUAUGUGUAUUUCUUUAAAUUUAUUAAUAUUAAAACAUUUAUUCAUGUUACA